AUGAGGAUAAACUUUUCGUCACAUAUUCAUUGUUGUGUGUCGUACCAUACUAACCAUAUCAGCGAAAGAAAAGCUUCCAAGAAAGGAGCCCAGUUUACUGUGGUUCUUGCGGGUCAAUCAGGUUUGGGCAAAACCUCUUUUAUCAACACGUUGUUUGAUGAGGAUUUGUUGCAACUGAAAGACUACUACGAGGAAAACGGGGCUCCCAGGUCAACCACAAAAAUCAAUUCUCACAAAAUCGAGCUUGUUGAAGAUGGUCAUGUCUUAAACUUCACCUGUAUCGACACGCCAGGAUUUGGAGACUAUGAGAAUAAUAAAUUUUGCUGGUUUCCCAUUGUUCGGUACAUUGAGGAGCAAUUCCGAAGUUAUGCUUGCCAGGAGACUCAGCCUGACCGUUCCAACCUGAUCGAUACCAGGGUCCAUGCUUGCCUUUACUUCUUGGUUCCAACUGCAAAGGGUGUCUCGGCACUUGAUGUGGAGGCCAUGAAAGAAUUGUGCAAGCGCGUAAAUCUUAUUCCUGUUGUUGCCAAGGCAGAUGCGUACACCCGAAGUGAGAUGCAAGAGUUCAAAAAGGCAUUCAAGGAAACCAUUGACGCGUACGACAUCAGAUUAUGUGAUUGGCUGAUCAAAGAGGAUGUCAAUUCUGAUUUCAUUGAAGAUAUGCCAUAUUCUGUGAUCAACUCUGCAGGAAGGUUUACCAGAGCUGACGGCGUAACUGUACGCGGACGUGAGUAUGUCUGGGGAAUAGCAGAAGUUGAGGAUUCAGAUCAUUGUGACUAUCUCAAGUUGAGAGAGUUGUUGCUUGGAACAAACAUAUUGGAUCUCAUUGUUUCCACAGAAGCCCACUACGAGAUGUACAGAUCGGAUUACUUGACUUUAUGGCUCAAGAAAGGUUGGGAGAAGAAGUCAGAGUCCGAUUUGUCUGGUUCUGACCAAGUCGCCGCCGAAGAACCCAUGGUCAUACCAGAAAAUCCGGUUGAGCUCAUGAAGCUACUGAGGAAUACUUCUCGCUCUGAAUUAGAACAAGAACUGGUAUUUCGCAAUCCUGCUUAUGUUGCUGCUGAAGCAAAGCUGAGGAAAAGCUUUUCCGACAACGUGUUGAAUCAAGAAGCUGUCUUCAAGAACUGGAAAUUUGGUUUGCAAGAGAAACAGGCUGGCUUCAAUGAUGAUAUUCAAAUUCUCCAUAGUACCGCUAUUGCAUUACAAGAAGAUAUCAAAGCUCUAGAGUCCAUUAUGAGCUGA